AGGUUUGUCAACAUGACGAAUCUUUCAGAAGUCAGGAUAUUUGUACUGAAGGGUUUCACAGAUGAUUUUGAGUUGCAGUUGAUCUUAUUUUUUCUAUUUCUGGCAAUCUACCUAUUUACUCUGAUAGGAAAUUUAGGCCUUGUUGUAUUGGUCAUUGGGGAUUCCCGGCUCCACAAUCCCAUGUAUUAUUUCCUCAGUGUGCUAUCGUUCUUGGAUGCAUGCUAUUCCUCAGUAAUCACCCCAAACAUGUUAGUAAAUUUCAUAUCGAAGAAUAAAGAUAUUUCAUUCCUUGCAUGUGCUAUCCAGAUGUUCCUCGCUGUUACCUUUGGGACUACUGAAUGCUUUCUCUUGGCGGCAAUGGCUUAUGAUCGCUAUGUAGCCAUCUACAACCCACUUAUGUAUUCAGUUAGCAUGUCACCCAGAGUCUAUGUGCCGCUCAUUGCAGCUUCUUACAUUGGUGGUGUUUUGCAUUCCACUCUACACACAGCAGCAACUUUUAACCUCUCCUUCUGCGCCUCCAAUGAAAUUCGGCAUGUCUUUUGUGACAUCCCUCCACUGCUUGCCAUCUCCUGUUCAGACAUUCACCUCAACCAGCUUCUCCUCUUCUACUUUGUGGGUUCUAUUGAGAUCUUCACCAUCACGAUUGUUCUAAUCUCCUAUGGUUGCAUUUUUAUGGCAAUUCUCAAGGUGCGUUCUGCAGACGGAAGGCGAAAAGUGUUUUCAACUUGUGGCUCUCAUCUAACUGGAGUGUCGAUUUACCACGGAACAAUUCUCUUCAUGUACGUGAGGCCAAGGACCAGUUACGCUUUAGAUCAUGACAUGAUAGUGUCUAUAUUUUAUACUGUUGUGAUAGCCAUGCUGAAUCCCAUUAUAUACAGUUUGAGGAACAAAGAUGUAAAAGAAGCCAUUAAAAAAGUUUUGGGGAAAUGUGUGAUUAAAAAUAAAGUAUAUUAUUAA